ACAUUUGGAGCGCGUGUGAACUGAGUGAGGCGGCGCGCUCUGAGCUGCCAUCCAGAAGAGAUGUGACGCAGCAAUUCCUCAGAUGUAUUUUAACAUAUCAGACGCUUUUAUGUGGAAUUGUCUUGUGUAAGUGCAGUCAUGACAUCAGUUUGGAAGAGACUUCAGCGCGCGGGCAAAAGAGCGUCGAAGUUUCAGUUUGCGGCGUCCUUUCAAGAACUCACCGUAGAGUGCACGAAGAAGUGGCAGCCAGACAAACUGCGAGUGGUUUGGACCAGACGAAACAGACGCAUCUGCACCAAGCUUCAUGGCUGGCAACCAGGUAUAAAGAAUCCAUACAGGGGGACUGUGGUCUGGCAGGUUCCUGAGAGCUUGGACAUUACAGUCACUCUGUUUAAGGAUUCAAAUGCAGAAGAAUUUGAAGACAAAGACUGGACAUUUAUCAUAGAGAAUGAAACAAAGGGCCAUCGGAAAGUUUUAGCAUCAGUGGAUGUGAACAUGAAGAAGUAUGCAAGCGCGACGCCGGCUCAGUUUGACCUGACAUUUAAACUAAAGCCUCUAUCUGUGAAAGUUGUGGAUGCCACGCUCAAACUCACCCUUUCCUGUGUCUUCCUGAAAGAGGGCAAAGCCACUGAUGAAGACAUGCAGAGUUUAGCCAGUCUGAUGAGCUUAAAGCAGUCUGAUGUCGGAAACCUGGAUGACUUUAAUGACAGCGAUGAAGAGGAGGACAAAAAACUGAGUGCGGCAGUGAAAAUGGCCACAGCAGUAAUUGCUCCUCUUCCUCCUGCCAGGAGAAUACAUGACAAGGCCUGGAGACCUGCUGUAGACACAGGCUCUUCUGAUACUGCUAUUGUAUCUGUCUCUCGAAGGCCCUCUGGGGGUCUCGCAGACUAUGUGUUAAUGGAUACCAGUCGCACUACAGAGAGUGCUGUUGCCCCUCACUCGCAGUCCUUCUCUUCUGUUCCUGGGCUUUGCACACCUCCCUUCUCUAUUUCUACUGCUCAGUCCUCCUCGUCCCCUCAACAGACCCUUCUGCCUGAUGUUACACAGACAGAGAAACACAGACAGCUAGGUGUAUUAACAGAAGAGGAAUAUCCAAAUACAGAAUGUUCUGCUGAGGGGGAUGCAGACACUAAACCCUCAAAUGUUUCUCCCAACCAUGAACCCCACCCUCGCAAAUCCGGAGACAUCAGUAUAACCAACCAAAGGCCAAACAUCGGUAUUGACAAGCAACGACCUGUUUUUGGGCUGGAGGUUGUGAGGCAAGCAAAAGGACAAGAAGCAGCUGAAGAUUCCUCCAACCUACCUGUUCCGAUGCCUCACGUGAAGAAACGUUUAAGUGCCUCUUUCCCAGAAGACAAUUCCAGUCCCAAUGCCUCAUCCACCAGUCAGAAUGAAGUUUCUGUAAAGGUCCGCGAUGAGACAGCUGUGCCUAUGCAUAAUAAACGGAGGGCAGCAGCAGAGGCCAUGGACUUUCAAGGACAUUUCACAGAUAAGACAUCCUCAGCUAGCGAAAUAGAGAUGACAAGCUUGGUGACCUCAAGUCAGUCUCUGUUGGAAUGGUGCCAAAUUGUCACAGAAGGUUACAAGGGCGUGAAGAUCACAAACUUCAGUACCUCAUGGCGAAAUGGUCUUGCCUUCUGUGCCAUCCUACAUCACUUCUACCCAGAUAAAGUGAAUUAUGAAAUGCUGGAUCCGUAUGAUAUUAAACGCAACAACAAGAAGGCAUUUGAUUGCUUUGCUGAACUCGGCAUCUCCAGGCUAAUCGAGCCCUCAGACAUGGUGCUGCUGGCAGUGCCCGACCGGCUCAUUGUGAUGACCUAUCUCAAUCAGAUCCGCACCAACUUCACGGGCCAGGAGCUCAGUGUCAUACAGAUUGAAAAGAACAGCAGUGAAUCCAGUUACACUGUUGGUGAGAAGAGGGAGGAAGCCGACCCUGAAGCAGCUGUUCGCUACUGUGCUGAAAGACUCCAGAGCAGCGGCAUCACUCUUGAGACCAAUGGAAACUUAGCUGAAAGGGACGGUAAGGGAGGUGCUGGGGUUUUAGUGCCACCUCCAAGAACCAAGCGAACACAAGCUGGAGGCCCAGGGGGCACUCAGCCUCCGGUGGCGCAGCCCAGAACUCACUCCUCUAAAGCUUUUUCUCACGUGAAGGAUGCAGAUCUUGUGAAAAAGCGGAGAUCGCAGCUGCGGGGAGAGUCACUGGAUGAAACUGAACUAUCAGAGCAGCCGAGUGCAUCAGAGGCUGCAUCAGGCCAAGCAGAAGCAGCCAGCGGAAUUUCAGAGUCACAAAACACAGAGUCCUAUGAAGAGGGCACUGCAGAAGAAAAAAAGGAUGUCAGUCAGUAUGUUCUCGGUGAGAUGCAGGCUCUGGAGGCUGAACAGAAGCAGAUAGAUCACAGGGCAGCCACUGUGGAGAGGAAACUGAGAAGACUAAUGGAAUCUGGUAGUGAUCGUGUAGAAGAAGAGAAACUGAUUCAGGAGUGGUUUAUUCUGGUCAACAAGAAGAACGCUUUGAUCAGGAGACAAGACCAUUUACAGUUAUUGCAAGAAGAGCAAGAUUUGGAGAGGAGGUUUGAGUUGCUUAAGAAAGAGCUUCAAGAUCUAAUGGCUGUAGAAGAAUGGAAGAAAACCCAGGCCCAUAAAACCAGAGAGCAGUUGUUGCUGCAGGAGCUGGUGUCUUUAGUCAACAAGAGGGACGAGCUUGUGCAAGAUAUGGAUGCCAAAGAGAGAGGGGCUCUUGAAGAGGAUGAAAGGUUGGAGAGAGGUCUGGAAAUAAGGCGCAGGAAGUAUGGAAGUCGGAAAGAGAAGUGUGUGUUACAGUGAGGAAGGCUGUGCACCUGUGGUUUUGCAGGACCGUCUGUUUGAACACAGUGCUGAUGGACUAAUGUGGUGUGUGUGGACCAUAUCACAGUAAAUGCCAAUGGAGGACACAUCUAGAUGAAUCCUCAUGUUGGAAAGAAGAAGUUUGAGGAUGAGCAGCAGAGAUUGUUUAUUUUGGGUAAUUUAAGAGUUGUUCCUUUUUUGAUACAUUUUUAGCAUCAGAAUGUUUUGUGUGAAAAAAAAUGAAAUGGACAUUUGUAAUGGUCCAUGCUAUUCUGAAAGCACUUCUUGUUUCGAAAUAUGUAAGCAAAUAUACAAACUGGUGGCCUUUGCAGUGUUAUUUACCUGAUUAUUUAACUUGUUUGUCACAUGCACUGAUUUUAAGAAUAUCUCAGAAAGCUUUGUAACAUUUUAUAAAAUCGCAGACUUUGAAAGAAGGAUAGCCUAUUAGUGUUAAGUAGUAAAUUUUUUAAAGAAUAUACAAAUUUUGUUAAGUGUUCUGUUAGGAAGGUUAUGUGUCUAACUAACCUGUAAAUGCAGACAUGGUGUGAAUUUUUAGCCAAAUAUAAAGCAAAGUUGUGAUGUUGGUAUAAUGAAAGUUUACACAGAUUGAUAUGCAUAGGUUUAGGAGAUGAAAAGGGUAGAAUUUUAACUAUUGCACAAGGCUAAGAAGCCGUCUACUUUUUUUUAUUACGGGGAGGUACCAAAUAACAGGCUAAAAUGUAGAUGACAUAUCUAUUUCAUUCGAAAUAAAACUUUGCCAUAUGAAAAACAUAUAAAAACAAGAUUAUAUUAAAUUGUAUCUUUAUUUAUUUUAAAAUAAAUUUAAAGAGCACCUGUUAUGGUUUUUAAAUGUGCCUAAUUUUGUUUUAAAGGUCUCAUACAAUAGAUUUACAUGCAUCCAAUUUCAAAAAACACUUUAAUUUGCUCAUAAUUUAAAUUGCAGCAUUACCUUUUUUCCCAGUGUCAAAAACGACUCGUUCAAUGAUCCGUUCUAAAGGAUUCAUUCUAAACUCCUCCUUUCAGAAAGCCUACUCUGCUCUGAUUGGUCAGAUGUCCCAGUCUGUUGUGAUUGGUCUACCGCUUAAUGUAGUGAUUUAGGGCGGGUCAAAGCUGUUCGUGAGCAGCCAAUGAACACCAAAGUCUGGAAUUACUAACGACUCGUUUCAGGUGUUCAGAAUCGGUUCUUUCUUUUGGGAGUCAAUAACUCCAUUUGUCAUGCACUUUGAUUUUUGACUUUUUUUACAUUCACAAACAGCUAUAUAACACACUACAUGAAAGGUAAUAUUUGAAAACCCAUAAUAGGUGCUCUUUAAACAUGUAUCUUAUUAAAUAUGCAUACAUUUGCAUAUUAUAUUAAUAGUGAAAAAGACCCACAGAAAAUGCCACAACUAUUAUUUUGGAUGUUAUUUUGAAAAUUUUGGAAAUUGCAAAAUAUUUUAAGAUUAUUAUUAACAUUAAUAUUGUUCAGAUCUUCCAAAAUCCUCAUUUAAUGUAAUGAUGUAAUGUAAAAUCCUGUAGUACCUACACUUAAAGGAAUAUUCUGGGUUCAAUACAAGUUAAGCUCACUCGACAGCAUUUGUGGCAUAAUGUUGAUUACACAAACCACAUAAAUUAAUUUUGACUUGUUCCUUGACUUCUUUAAAAAAAAAAGCAAAAAGCAAGGCUACAGUGAGGCACGUACAAUGAAAGCAUUUAUUUCAGUAAUUCAACUCAAAUUGUGAAACUCGUGUAUUAAAUAAAUUCAAUGCACACAGACUGAAGUAGUUUAAGUCUUUGGUUCUUUUAAUUGAUUGAGAUGCACCUGUAAAUGUUUUCUAUUGAAGUUAUACAUAUAAGAUAUUUUAUUAUGAUUUAAUUCAGACUGUCAUUCUGGAUAUUUUGCAUAUUUGUUUGGCAAAAGAAUAUUGUUAUAUAAAUGCCUGUAGCAACACAUGUGGAAACAUAAAAUAUACACAUCUUCACUCAAUGGAUAUCCAGUAUCCUCCUCUAAUAUCAAAUCACAUUACAAUGUGAGCAGCGAAUGCAUAGAAGGUGUGUAUGAACUUCAAAUGGAAGCAUGGUGAAUCUAUUAAAUAUACCUGAAUCUUUUAAAAUAGUACAAUUUGGGAUUAUUACAAGUAUAACAUCAUCUUCAAUCCAUGAUUGGCACUGAAUGUGAAAGUCAAGUAUUCUCAGUAGUGAAUCAGUUGCUCUUUUUGAGGAAUGAUGUUAUACUUGAUGUGAAUUGUCAUUAUUCUUUGGCCAUUGUUUACGUUUUGUUUGAAAUGUCUUUUUUUUUUUUGUUUUAAGUUUCUGUAUUGCAUCUGAAGUUGUAUGUGUUAGAGGGUCGGAGAUAAGGCUAUAAAACGUCAUUGUAUAUUUUUGUUUUAAUAGCAAAGGUUGGAACAACAGCACACAUAAUUAACAGUAUUUGCACUGUUUUCAAGUUUAAGAAUACAUAUAUCAUUUGUUCAACUGUAACUUAUGCUUUCAUGUACUGUACAGCAUAAGUCAUGUUGAAAGGACAAAAAAGGCAGUAAAAAGAUGAGCAGGAGUAAAAUUCAAAUAGAAAUUGUAGUCAUUCUACAGUAUGUGUUUACUAGCAUUUUGCAGUUUGGUUUCAGAGGAAACAUGCAGUCGUGAGUAAGUGCAGAGAGUCGUGACGUCUGUGCGCUCACCCUCCAGUUAGAAAAUGCAGACUUAGCAGGGCUCAAAGCAGAAGUUUUGCUUUGUAAUCAAGGGCUAGUUCCCCAACAAAAAUCCAGAGAUUUUUGCAACAACAAAACCACAAUGCAAAUACACACAGACAUGCACCCAAAUGUACACUGGACAACUUGUCCAGUCAACUUAUCAUCCAACAUUGUCCUAUGUAGGGUCACAGGUAGCGCUGGAGCUUAACCCAGCUGUCUCAGGCCAAAGGCAGGGAAACACCCUGAACAGGUGACCAGUCCAUCACAGGGCUAACACACAGACUCACUCUCACCUACAGGCAAUUUAUAGUUUCCAAUUCACUUGACCCAAAUAUUUUUGGACUGUGGAGGAAACCGUAGCACCAGGAGGAAACCCAUGCGAACACAAGGGGAACAUGCAAACUCCACACAGUAAGGCCCUGGGUAAACUGAGACUCAAACCAGAGACCUUCUUGCUGUGUGACAGUGCUAACCACUGAGCCACCAUGCCAAUUUUAAUUAAGAUUCUAUCAACUUGUAUUUAAGUUGAUUCCAAGGGUGCAACCCUGCUCUGAAAGGUUGAGUAUUGAGUAUCACCAUUACUGAGGUUUGUGUGUCAAGUGUUGACAUCAAUGUGCCUCCUAAUUGAACUAUCAUGCGUGUAGGCUGUGCCUCUUAAGAAAAGGCCAUCCUGCCAUAUAAAACUUGCAGGGUUUACUUGAUCAUUAUAGGUUCAUUGAACAUCAACUUUACAGUGACAGGCCUGACAGUUCCGUAAACUAAAGUGAAGUUGUUAUAAUUACAUCCAAUUAAAUUGAGUAAGUUCAGCCAAAUAACCUGAAGUUUUCACAACUACAUUCAAUCAGUUCAGAUUAUUUUUUUAAUUUGUGAGAUAAACUGAUCUGAUUAAGUCAAUUAAACACAACAAAUAAUGAGUUCAAUCAACAGAACAUUUUUUACAGCAUAAUAAUCUCUCUGUAGUCUACUAAAGAGGGAAUUGUGUAAUAUAGGGUAACAUGUUGCUUUACAAAGGAAAAUUUUCUUCUCAGAAGUGUUGACAUGGAAACCCGAAAACCUGGCUUUUCCAUUGUUGUAAAAAUAUUUAUUUAACUCAACACCCUUCCUCCUUUCUGGGAAGCAAGAACUGUUCAUUCUAAAUUGUAAAUAAAAAAUAAAAUAAAAAAAUGCAU